CAGCAGCAGCAGCAGCAGCAGCUGCCCCAGCAGCAGCAGCAGCAGCAGCUGCCCCAGCAGCAGCAGCAGCAGCAGCUGCCCCAGCAGCAGCAGCAGCAGCAGCAGCUGCCCCAGCAGCAGCAGCAGCAGCAGCUGCCCCAGCAGCAGCAGCAGCAGCAGCAGCUGCCCCAGCAGCAGCAGCAGCAGCAGCUGCCCCAGCAGCAGCAGCAGCAGCUGCCCCAGCAGCAGCAGCAGCAGCAGCAGCUGCCCCAGCAGCAGCAGCAGCAGCAGCAGCUGCCCCAGCAGCAGCAGCAGCAGCAGCAGCUGCCCCAGCAGCAGCAGCAGCAGCAGCAGCUGCCCCAGCAGCAGCAGCAGCAGCAGCUGCCCCAGCAGCAGCAGCAGCAGCAGCAGCUGCCCCAGCAGCAGCAGCAGCAGCUGCCCCAGCAGCAGCAGCAGCAGCAGCUGCCCCAGCAGCAGCAGCAGCAGCAGCAGCUGCCCCAGCAGCAGCAGCAGCAGCAGCAGCUGCCCCAGCAGCAGCAGCAGCAGCAGCAGCUGCCCCAGCAGCAGCAGCAGCAGCAGCAGCAGCAGCUGCCCCAGCAGCAGCAGCAGCAGCAGCAGCAGCUGCCCCAGCAGCAGCAGCAGCAGCAGCAGCUGCCCCAGCAGCAGCAGCAGCAGCAGCUGCCCCAGCAGCAGCAGCAGCAGCAGCUGCCCCAGCAGCAGCAGCAGCAGCAGCAGCUGCCCCAGCAGCAGCAGCAGCAGCAGCAGCUGCCCCAGCAGCAGCAGCAGCAGCAGCUGCCCCAGCAGCAGCAGCAGCAGCAGCAGCUGCCCCAGCAGCAGCAGCAGCAGCAGCAGCUGCCCCAGCAGCAGCAGCAGCAGCAGCAGCUGCCCCAGCAGCAGCAGCAGCAGCAGCAGCAGCUGCCCCAGCAGCAGCAGCAGCAGCAGCUGCCCCAGCAGCAGCAGCAGCAGCAGCAGCAGCUGCCCCAGCAGCAGCAGCAGCAGCAGCAGCUGCCCCAGCAGCAGCAGCAGCAGCAGCUGCCCCAGCAGCAGCAGCAGCAGCAGCAGCAGCAGCAGCAGCUGCCCCAGCAGCAGCAGCAGCAGCAGCAGCUGCCCCAGCAGCAGCAGCAGCAGCAGCUGCCCCAGCAGCAGCAGCAGCAGCAGCUGCCCACAGCAGCAGCAGCAGCAGCAGCUGCCCCAGCAGCAGCAGCAGCAGCUGCCCCAGCAGCAGCAGCAGCAGCAGCUGCCCCAGCAGCAGCAGCAGCAGCAGCAGCUGCCCCACAGCAGCAGCAGCAGCUGCCCCAGCAGCAGCAGCAGCAGCAGCAGCUGCCCCAGCAGCAGCAGCAGCAGCAGCAGCUGCCCCAGCAGCAGCAGCAGCAGCAGCUGCCCCAGCAGCAGCAGCAGCAGCAGCUGCCCCAGCAGCAGCAGCAGCAGCAGCAGCUGCCCCAGCAGCAGCAGCAGCAGCCAGCUGCCCCAGCAGCAGCAGCAGCAGCAGCAGCUGCCCCAGCAGCAGCAGCAGCAGCAGCUGCCCCAGCAGCAGCAGCAGCAGCAGCUGCCCCAGCAGCAGCAGCAGCAGCAGCUGCCCCACAGCAGCAGCAGCAGCAGCAGCUGCCCCAGCACCAGCAGCAGCAGCAGCUGCACCAGCAGCAGCAGCAGCAGCAGCUGCCCCAGCAGCAGCAGCAGCAGCAGCUGCCCCAGCAGCAGCAGCAGCAGCAGCUGCCCCAGCAGCAGCAGCAGCAGCAGCAGCUGCCCCAGCAGCAGCAGCAGCAGCAGCUGCCCCAGCAGCAGCAGCAGCAGCAGCAGCUGCCCCAGCAGCAGCAGCAGCAGCAGCAGCUGCCCCAGCAGCAGCAGCAGCAGCAGCUGCCCCAGCAGCAGCAGCAGCAGCAGCAGCUGCCCCAGCAGCAGCAGCAGCAGCAGCAGCUGCCCCAGCAGCAGCAGCAGCAGCAGCAGCUGCCCCAGCAGCAGCAGCAGCAGCAGCAGCUGCCCCAGCAGCAGCAGCAGCAGCAGCUGCCCCAGCAGCAGCAGCAGCAGCAGCUGCCCCAGCAGCAGCAGCAGCAGCAGCAGCUGCCCCAGCAGCAGCAGCAGCAGCAGCAGCUGCCCCAGCAGCAGCAGCAGCAGCAGCUGCCCCAGCAGCAGCAGCAGCAGCAGCAGCUGCCCCAGCAGCAGCAGCAGCAGCAGCUGCCCCAGCAGCAGCAGCAGCAGCAGCAGCUGCCCAGCAGCAGCAGCAGCAGCAGCUGCCCCAGCAGCAGCAGCAGCAGCAGCUGCCCCAGCAGCAGCAGCAGCAGCAGCAGCUGCCCCAGCAGCAGCAGCAGCAGCAGCAGCUGCCCCAGCAGCAGCAGCAGCAGCAGCAGCUGCCCCAGCAGCAGGCAGGCAGCAGCAGCUGCCCCAGCAGCAGCAGCGCAGCAGCUGCCCCCAGCAGCAGCAGCAGCAGCAGCAGCUGCCCCAGCAGCAGCAGCAGCAGCAGCUGCCCCAGCAGCAGCAGCAGCAGCAUGCCCAGCAGCACAGCAGCAGCAGCAGCUGCCCCAGCAGCAGCAGCAGCAGCAGCAGCUGCCCCAGCAGCAGCAGCAGCAGCAGCUGCCCCAGCAGCAGCAGCAGCAGCAGCAGCUGCCCCAGCAGCAGCAGCAGCAGCAGCAGCAGCUGCCCCAGCAGCAGCAGCAGCAGCAGCAGCUGCCCCAGCAGCAGCAGCAGCAGCAGCAGCAGCUGCCCCAGCAGCAGCAGCAGCAGCAGCUGCCCCAGCAGCAGCAGCAGCAGCAGCAGCUGCCCCAGCAGCAGCAGCAGCAGCAGCACCAGCAGCAGCAGCAGCAGCUGCCCCAGCAGCAGCAGCAGCAGCAGCAGCUGCCCCAGCAGCAGCAGCAGCAGCAGCAGCUGCCCCAGCAGCAGCAGCAGCAGCAGCAGCUGCCCCAGCAGCAGCAGCAGCAGCAGCAGCAGCUGCCCCAGCAGCAGCAGCAGCAGCAGCAGCUGCCCCAGCAGCAGCAGCAGCAGCAGCAGCUGCCCCAGCAGCAGCAGCAGCAGCAGCAGCAGCAGCCCCAGCAGCAGCAGCAGCAGCAGCAGCUGCCCCAGCAGCAGCAGCAGCAGCAGCAGCUGCCGCAGCAGCAGCAGCAGCUGCCCCAGCAGCAGCAGCAGCAGCAGCAGCUGCCCCAGCAGCAGCAGCAGCAGCAGCAGCAGCUGCCCCAGCAGCAGCAGCAGCAGCAGCAGCUGCCCCAGCAGCAGCAGCAGCAGCAGCAGCUGCCCCAGCAGCAGCACAGCAGCUCCCAGCAGCAGCAGCAGCAGCAGCAGCUGCCCCAGCAGCAGCAGCAGCAGCAGCAGCAGCUGCCCCAGCAGCAGCAGCAGCAGCAGCAGCUGCCCCAGCAGCAGCAGCAGCAGCAGCAGCUGCCCCAGCAGCAGCAGCAGCAGCAGCAGCUGCCCCAGCAGCAGCAGCAGCAGCAGCAGCUGCCCCAGCAGCAGCAGCAGCAGCAGCAGCAGCAGCAGCAGCUGCCCCAGCAGCAGCAGCAGCAGCAGCAGCUGCCCCAGCAGCAGCAGCAGCAGCAGCAGCAGCUGCCCCAGCAGCAGCAGCAGCAGCAGCAGCUGCCCCAGCAGCAGCAGCAGCAGCAGCAGCUGCCCCAGCAGCAGCAGCAGCAGCAGCAGCUGCCCCAGCAGCAGCAGCAGCAGCAGCAGCUGCCCCAGCAGCAGCAGCAGCAGCAGCAGCAGCUGCCCCAGCAGCAGCAGCAGGCACAGCAGCAGCAGCAGCUGCCCCAGCAGCAGCAGCAGCAGCAGCAGCAGCUGCCCCAGCAGCAGCAGCAGCAGCAGCUGCCCCAGCAGCAGCAGCAGCAGCAGCAGCAGCCCCAGCAGCAGCAGCAGCAGCAGCAGCAGCUGCCCCAGCAGCAGCAGCAGCAGCAGCUGCCCCAGCAGCAGCAGCAGCAGCAGCAGCUGCCCCAGCAGCAGCAGCAGCAGCAGCAGCUGCCCCAGCAGCAGCAGCAGCAGCAGCAGCCGCCCCAGCAGCAGCAGCAGCAGCAGCUGCCCCAGCAGCAGCAGCAGCAGCAGCAGCUGCCCCAGCAGCAGCAGCAGCAGCAGCUGCCCCAGCAGCAGCAGCAGCAGCAGCAGCUGCCCCAGCAGCAGCAGCAGCAGCAGCAGCAGCUGCCCCAGCAGCAGCAGCAGCAGCAGCAGCUGCCCCAGCAGCAGCAGCAGCAGCAGCAGCUGCCCCAGCAGCAGCAGCAGCAGCAGCAGCUGCCCCAGCAGCAGCAGCAGCAGCAGCUGCCCAGCAGCAGCAGCAGCAGCAGCAGCUGCCCCAGCAGCAGCAGCAGCAGCAGCAGCUGCCCCAGCAGCAGCAGCAGCAGCAGCAGCUGCCCCAGAGCAGCAGCAGCAGCAGCAGCUGCCCCAGCAGCAGCAGCAGCAGCAGCAGCUGCCCCAGCAGCAGCAGCAGCAGCAGCUGCCCCAGCAGCAGCAGCAGCAGCAGCAGCUGCCCAGCAGCAGCAGCAGCAGCAGCAGCUGCCCCAGCAGCAGCAGCAGCAGCAGCAGCUGCCCCAGCAGCAGCAGCAGCAGCAGCAGCUGCCCCAGCAGCAGCAGCAGCAGCAGCAGCUGCCCAGCAGCAGCAGCAGCAGCAGCAGCUCCCAGCAGCAGCAGCAGCAGCAGCAGCUGCCCCAGCAGCAGCAGCAGCAGCAGCUGCCCCAGCAGCAGCAGCAGCAGCAGCAGCUGCCCCAGCAGCAGCAGCAGCAGCAGCAGCUGCCCCAGCAGCAGCAGCAGCAGCAGCUGCCCCAGCAGCAGCAGCAGCAGCAGCAGCAGCAGCAGCAGCAGCUGCCCCAGCAGCAGCAGCAGCAGCAGCUGCCCCAGCAGCAGCAGCAGCAGCAGCAGCUGCCCCAGCAGCAGCAGCAGCAGCAGCUGCCCCAGCAGCAGCAGCAGCAGCAGCAGCUGCCCCAGCAGCAGCAGCAGCAGCACAGCAGCAGCAGCAGCUGCCCCCAGCAGCAGCAGCAGCAGCAGCAGCAGCUGCCCCAGCAGCAGCAGCAGCAGCAGCAGCAGCUGCCCCAGCAGCAGCAGCAGCAGCAGCUGCCCCAGCAGCAGCAGCAGCAGCAGCAGCUGCCCCAGCAGCAGCAGCAGCAGCAGCUGCCCAGCAGCAGCAGCAGCAGCAGCAGCUGCCCCAGCAGCAGCAGCAGCAGCAGCUGCCCAGCAGCAGCAGCAGCAGCAGCUGCCCCAGCAGCAGCAGCAGCAGCAGCAGCAGCUGCCCAGCAGCAGCAGCAGCAGCAGCUGCCCCAGCAGCAGCAGCAGCAGCAGCAGCUGCCCCAGCAGCAGCAGCAGCAGCAGCUGCCCCAGCAGCAGCAGCAGCAGCAGCUGCCCCAGCAGCAGCAGCAGCAGCAGCAGCUGCCCCAGCAGCAGCAGCAGCAGCAGCAGCUGCCCCAGCAGCAGCAGCAGCAGCAGCUGCCCCAGCAGCAGCAGCAGCAGCAGCAGCUGCCCCAGCAGCAGCAGCAGCAGCAGCUGCCCCAGCAGCAGCAGCAGCAGCAGCAGCUGCCCCAGCAGCAGCAGCAGCAGCAGCAGCUGCCCCAGCAGCAGCAGCAGCAGCAGCUGCCCCAGCAGCAGCAGCAGCAGCAGCAGCUGCCCCAGCAGCAGCAGCAGCAGCAGCAGCUGCCCCAGCAGCAGCAGCAGCAGCAGCAGCUGCCCCAGCAGCAGCAGCAGCAGCAGCAGCUGCCCCAGCAGCAGCACAGCAGCAGCCUGCCCCAGCAGCAGCAGCAGCAGCAGCAGCUGCCCCAGCAGCAGCAGCAGCAGCAGCAGCUUCCCCAGCAGCAGCAGCAGCAGCAGCAGCUGCCCCAGCAGCAGCAGCAGCAGCAGCUGCCCCAGCAGCAGCAGCAGCAGCAGCAGCUGCCCCAGCAGCAGCAGCAGCAGCAGCAGCUGCCCCAGCAGCAGCAGCACUGCCCCCAGCAGCAGCAGCAGCAGCAGCAGCAGCUGCCCCAGCAGCAGCAGCAGCAGCAGCUGCCCCAGCAGCAGCAGCAGCAGCAGCAGCUGCCCCAGCAGCAGCAGCAGCAGCAGCAGUGCCCCAGGCAGCAGCAGCAGCAGCAGCUGCCCCAGCAGCAGCAG